AUGGAGAUGAAAAAUGUUGUCAUGGAAAGGCAAGCAAUCAAGGACUUAUAUCUAAGGUCAGAAUUCACAGAGAUAGAAGUUAAAUCACCACUGUGGGGUGAAGUCAGGUCCGGUCAAUUCAUCUGGCCUACGUACAACAUCGAAGGCGGGCCUGUCAUUACUACAAAUAUGAGGCUGGGCAAUGGCUUGGACUGCAUAGCCCAAUUUCCUCCUUCGGAAUGGAGCUGCUAUCUGCUCUUGUUGUGUUUGUCCCUACGUUCUUGUUCUGCCACCGUCCCUGCCAACGAAACCGAUCGACUGGCUCUGCUCGCCUUCAAGGACCGAAUAACCAAAGAUCCUCUCAACGUCAUGAGCUCGUGGAACCAUUCUCUUUAUUUCUGCAAGUGGCGAGGAAUCACAUGCAGUCUCAGUUAUAGUGGCUGCGAAAUUCUCCGGAAGGACUCCAGGAGCGUCGGUUCUCUACUGCAACCUCUCCACCGCCCUUUCAAGGAUAAAAAGAGGGAGGGCUCGUCUUUGGAGGGGAAGGAGAAAGAGAGGGACGUGGAGUGCACGGCUGACCUUGGGUUGGAAAAAGGGUUGCAUGUCAGGGGGUGUUCUGCUGCUGCUGUACGUGGAAACGGAAAUCUCACUUUCCUCACGCUAAUCGAUCUCCAAGACAACAGCCUCCGUGGUGAAAUUCCACAAGAAAUAGGACGCCUUUUCCGUCUCCGGCUUCUCGAUCUCAGCUCCAAUUCAUUUGGAGGAGAAAUCCCAUCCAAUCUCACGUACUGCUCCAACCUCCGAGUCAUCUAUUUUCAAUUCAAUGAGCUAGUAGGUGAGAUUCCCAUCGAGCUUAGCUCUUUAUCGAAGCUCCGUGGGUUAUUUCUCCCUGUAAACCAUCUCGUUGGAAGCAUCCCACCUUGGCCAGGAAACCUUUCGUCUCUCACUCAUCUUUCUGUAAGUAGAAAUAACUUACAUGGAAGCAUCCCAACUGAUUUAGGUCGCAUCCCAAAUUUAAAAUUCCUCCACAUAGCUGAAAAUAAUCUGUCCGGUACAAACCCUUCCACUAUUUACAAUCUCUCUGCACUAUUUAUUUUGGCAGUCCCAGCAAAUCAACUUCUCGGAACCCUUCCGCCCGUCUUAGGCCUCCUUCUUCCUAACCUCCGGUACUUAUAUGUGUCAAGAAACUGGUUUACCGGACCCGUUCCGGUUUCGCUAGCAAAUGCUUCUUUCUUUGAAGAGAUCUAUCUCACCAACAACAAUUUUACUGGCGGAGUUCCUAUGAAUGUUGGGACUCUUCGAUAUCUUCGUAUAUUCACUAUUGGUGGUAACCGACUUGGAACAGGGGAAGAAGAUGAGUUGAAAUUCAUCUAUUCGCUUCCCAACUGUAGCUACUUGGAAAAAUUUGGAUUUCAUAACAACAGUUUCCAAGGCUUGCCGCCCAGUUCCAUAGCCAAUCUGUCGACCCGACUCAAUUGGCUGGCGAUUGGAUUCAACCAUUUGUAUGGAAGCAUUCCUCCGGGGAUUGGGAAUCUCGUCAGCUUGAACCAAUUGAAUCUGGAUCAUAACAAUUUCACAGGUACCAUUCCUAUCAGUAUAGGGAAGCUUCAAAACCUGCAAUUUUUAGACUUGUCGGUGAAUAGAUUUUCUGGGCGAAUUCCGUCUUCCUUCGGCAACCUCACUGAACUGAAUGAGUUUUACCUGCAAGAAAACAGCCUAUUGGGAAACAUACCUCCUAGUCUCGGAAAUUGCCAAAAACUGAGAGUUUUGAACCUUUCCCAAAAUAACCUCAAUGGUACAAUACCCAAACAGCUCGUUAGCCUCACUUCUCUGUCAAUAUCUCUCAACUUAGCUAGAAACUAUUUGAUUGGGUCCUUACCCGUGGAAGUGGGUAGCUUGAAAAAUCUUGAAGAACUAGAUGUUUCCGAGAACAAACUGUCGGGGGAAAUUCCUGAAACGCUAAGCGGUUGCCAGAGCUUGGAACGGUUGUACAUGGAAGGUAAUGCCUUUCAAGGGACCAUUCCCAAGUCUUGGAACACCUUGACAGGUAUUGAAGAGUUGGAUUUCUCACGAAAUAACUUGAGUAGGCUAAUUCCAAAAUAUCUAGAGAAUUUUACUUCAUUACGUAAACUAAAUCUUUCUUUCAAUGAUUUGGAGCGCCAAGUGCCUGUCCAAGAGGUGUUUGAAAAUGCAAGUGGGAUUUCUGUCAUAGGGAACAUCAUCGUUGUUGCUGUGUGUUUGAUUUUAUUAUUGUUGUGCUUCACUCCUCUUCUUUGGAGAAGAAAAUCAAGACAGAAGCAUUUGCAAACUUCCUCGGAAGACCGGUACAAGAACGUCUCUUAUGGGGAGCUUCUCAAAGCAACUGAGGGGUUCUCUUCACACAAUUUGAUUGGCGUAAGAAGUUAUGGUUCUGUUUAUAAAGGAUACUUUGUUUCAGAUGGCCAAAUUUUUGCAGUGAAAGUACUCAAUCUUCAACGACAAGGAGCUUCUAGGAGCUUCCUUGUAGAAUGCGAGGCAUUGAGAAAUGUUAGGCAUCGGAAUCUCGUCAAGAUCUUAGCAUCCUGCUCAAGCAUCGAUUUUAAGGGCAAUGAUUUCAAAGCGCUAGUUUUUGAGUACAUGCCGAAUGGAAGUUUAGAGGAGUGGUUGCAUCCAAAAGUCGAUGAGGAACAUAAGCCAAGGACUUUGAACCUUAUUCAGAGGUUAAACAUAGCCAUUGAUGUGGCUUAUGCUCUGGAUUAUCUUCAUCACCAUUGCCAAACGCCCAUUUCUCACUGUGAUCUCAAGCCAACUAGCCAGUGUGAGUCUUUUGGUGCCUCCAUAUACUGGCUUAGAAGCCCAACACUAGAGGCUAUAUCUGUCCUAGCUAGUGAUUGUGAGGUAUCUGAGACUUCCAAUCAGACUCUUGAAUAG